AGUGCCCGCCCGUCGGCACAUGGCUCCGCCUACUCGGGGGAGGAACUUAAAGGGCCGGCUCUUUCCGCGGCCGCGGGAUGCCCCUGUGCUGACCGCCGGGGGCCGGUGCCCGCCCGCGUAGACGCACCCGGCCUGACCCCAAGCCACCAUGUAAACGGCGCCAGCAGGCGGAUGCUGGCUUCUCCGCCUGGGACCCCUCCGCCCCUACCCGGGCCCCGCGGCCCUCGAUGAGGACACACCAUGCUGACCGGGGUGACCGACGGUAUCUUCUGUUGCCUGUUGGGCACGCCCCCCAACGCCGUGGGGCCAUUGGAGAGCGUCGAGUCCAGCGAUGGCUACACCUUUGUAGAGGUCAAGCCCGGCCGCGUGCUGCGAGUGAAGCAUGCAGGACCCGCCCCGGCCGCUGCCGCACCUCCGCCAUUAUCCGCAUCCUCGGAUGCAGCCCAGGGGGACCUUUCUGGCUUGGUCCGCUGUCAGCGCCGGAUCACCGUGUACCGCAAUGGGCGGUUGCUGGUGGAAAACCUGGGCCGAGCCCCUCGAGCCGACCUCCUGCACGGGCAGAAUGGCUCUGGGGAGCCGCCGGCCGCCCUGGAGGUGGAGCUGCGGCGGCGAGCCCGGCGCCCCAAGAGGACCAUCCAUAUUGACUGUGAGAAGCGCAUCACUAGCUGCAAAGGCGCCCAGGCCGACGUGGUGCUGUUUUUCAUCCAUGGUGUCGGCGGUUCCCUGGCCAUCUGGAAGGAGCAACUGGACUUCUUUGUGCGCCUAGGCUAUGAGGUGGUGGCUCCUGACCUGGCGGGCCACGGGGCCAGCUCUGCGCCCCAGGUGGCCGCAGCCUACACCUUCUAUGCGCUGGCUGAGGACAUGCGAGCGAUCUUCAAGCGCUAUGCCAAGAAGCGAAACGUGCUCAUCGGCCAUUCCUACGGUGUCUCUUUCUGCACAUUCCUGGCACAUGAGUACCCAGACCUAGUGCACAAGGUCAUCAUGAUCAAUGGCGGGGGCCCUACGGCGCUGGAGCCCAGCUUCUGCUCAAUCUUCAACAUGCCCACCUGCGUCCUGCACUGUUUGUCGCCCUGCCUGGCCUGGAGCUUUCUCAAGGCCGGCUUCGCCCGCCAAGGAGCCAAGGAGAAGCAGCUGUUAAAGGAGGGCAACGCUUUCAACGUGUCAUCCUUCGUGCUCCGGGCUAUGAUGAGCGGCCAGUACUGGCCAGAGGGCGACGAGGUCUACCACGCCGAGCUCACCGUGCCAGUCCUGCUUGUCCACGGCAUGCACGAUAAGUUUGUGCCCGUAGAGGAAGACCAGCGGAUGGCCGAGAUCCUGCUCCUGGCAUUCCUGAAGCUCAUCGACGAGGGCAGUCACAUGGUGAUGCUGGAAUGCCCCGAGACAGUCAACACGCUGCUCCACGAAUUCCUGCUCUGGGAGCCCGAGCCCUCGCCCAAGGCUCUGCCCGAGCCACUGCCGGCGCCUCCAGAAGACAAGAAGUAAACGCCGGGUCGGCGGGGCAUCGCUUGGUGAGCACAGCCGCAGCAGGAGGAGGC